AUGAAACGGCCGCGACUACGCAGUGUGUGGGGCGUCGGCUGCCUACUUUUCGUCGGGGGGUCGGCCGCGGAAGCGACCCGUCGUUCGUGGACGCAACGGCAGCCUUUCCGAUGGAUCGUGAACAAUCCUUCCAAGCUCAACUUCACAUCAUCACCCGCCAUGGGUGUCCCGAGUCCCCGUUCCAAGUCAUCGACGGUCGUACCCACCCGGGUUCCCGCGAAUAGUUCCUCACGGGUCCCGACUCGAUGGCCGACGACGCGAUUCGGAGGGUCCACCAGCGCGCCGACGGGAAGUACGACAAGAGGACUUACGCUGCGUCCGAGUAUGGCACCUAUGGCACUGCCGACGACGCAUGGGACACUCACGGGUCCAACGGAAACACCCUCGGGUCUUCUGAGAACGAGUCCAAUGUGGCCCUCCCCGGUACCUGUUCAUAGUCCAAGACGAGACAGAUCGCCAAUCACAACACGGAUGCUGGGAAUUCCUACAUCGACGAGUCCGGUCACUCCAACCGCUGUCUCUAUAUUUCCUUCUCGACCCGCCGGAAGUUCAUCACGGAAACCGGUAGAGGAGAAUAGCAACGACGCAACCGGUAGGCCAUCGCUAGGACCAUCGCGUACGCUUUCCAUACCAAUGGCGUUCUCCACUGAUCUACAGCUGGUGCAAUACAACUUUAGCGGUCCGCAAAACAUUGUGGAAACUCUAGAAUUUGCUUGGCAAGGUUAUUUGACCGCCAUUUUGAGUCGCUACUAUCGAGACCGUGAAGGGGUCCAGUUUACCGGUGUUGACCUAGACGUACGGCAAGGCCGGCAACGCAGGUUCUUGUGGCAGUCGAACAUCAGACCCACGAGACGCUUACAGAAACUGGUGGGCAACGCCACGAUUUUAUCGUUCGAAGCUAACGGUACCGCCGUUUUGCUGGUGGAUGCCAGUACACAGGACGCAAAUUCGAUUGUUGCUUCCACCAAUUCCUUUCUCCGCACAGCUGUCACGAUGGAGAACUUGCAACAAGCACUGGUGGACGUUAACGAAAACCUGGUGACAGUGUCGAGUGUGAGUGUACCAAACGCCACUGGCGUGCCCGAGCCCGAUCGAGAUGAUGGACCCACUACCGUUGAGACUGUAUUCGGGUUGUUCAUUGCGGCUGCGGCAAUGUUGGGCUUGGCCUAUACAUGCCGCGUCAUUUGCCAAAAUCACAAGGAAAGGCAGGCUCGUGCUAAGAAAUUGAUGGCCCGUCCCAUGGUAUUACCGAAUGCCCCGCCGUCGCUAGCUUACCAGCCCAGACCGAUGCCAAGGCAAACUUUGGUCACGCCCAAUCAGAGUGGGAACAAUGAUGACACCUUGAGUAUCCCAGGAAUUCCCAGUACGGAAACCAGUGAUGGUGACCGUUUCGCCAGAGAGCUGCAAGAAGCAGCUUCGUUGGACCGGGCGGUUUGGGAAGAAAAGCAGUAUGACAACUCAAACGGAGUGACCGCUCCUUUUACUAGAGUGCCGGAGUCCACAGGGAAGCUACAAGUGUCCUCGUCAUUCCCGUAUGGGGACGAAGCCGUCGGCAACUUCGAGUCCAUGGUGCACCAGCAAGGAGGCUUCGAAUUGACUCCACAAGUGGGUAUGCUUGGGUCAAACGCUCGAUCCGCGCCCCCAAUGAAUGGAGACGACAUUCUAGAUGUGCCCGACUUCGAGGCGUUUGGGGAUACAAACACGGGUCCGGAGCUGAGACAAUUUAGCGCAUCGGAUCGCAUGCUCUCCGGAGGAAACCAAAAAACCCGCGGGUUGCAAAUGUUCAGUUUCACCGAUCGCCCAGGAGAUGCAACAGUGGGUGAUUCCACAAUCACAUCCAGAGACCCAUCUCUUACCGCUAUUCCAGAAUCUCCGUCACUGUCAUCAUGGUCGCCAAAAGACAAUGAAGAUGACGAGGAUACCAAUGUCUCGGACAUAUCUCAUACCAAUGCCAUGCUGCAAGAAGUUGAGCGUUUGUCGAUGUUUGUUAGACAAUACGAAAAGGAAAAGGAAGCUAGAAAAAGCAGCCAAUUUUUAGUCGAUACGUCUAGUACGGGAAAUGCUCCAGUACAAAGAACACAGACAAGAGCUUUCACGGAAAUUGAGAGUUUAAAAGACGUAAGCUUUUCUCCAGGGGACGAAGAUUCCAAGCGAAGACUCGGUAUCGGUCAAUACAGCGUACAAGAAAAAAUUCCUGGACCUCUAGUGGAUGACGAUGGCGAGCCGCGGGGGACCUUGGAGACAGCAAAUGCUUUGCAGUACCCCAGCCUCGCUGCGGCAACUUUGGGAAAUACAGGUACUCCUUUGGAGCACAGAGACGGAUCAAUCGAAAAGGGAAGUCUGCCAGGACUCCGCACAGCAGUCCAGCAAGAGCGUCGUUUUGGUUUGCCUCGACCUAACGUCCGAAGCCGUUCGGGCAGGUUUUCAACUGAUAGAACGGGUCGAACACAAGCGGAGAAGAGACCCUCGCCUUAA